GUAUCUCGUAAAAUUAGUGAAUUAGUGUUAGAGAACCACCCGUCGUACGUCAGUGAACUGGAACGAGUCAUGGAGCUGCAGAGGUCGCUUCAAGAUGCCAUUCAGACUUGUAUGACCAGUAGAAGGCUAGCAAACAUUUGUUAUCUCCUUCUAAUUGCCAAAAAGAAUUUCACGACGACCAGUUUGAAUUUGUUGGCCAACUACAAAAGAAGGCAACAACUACUGAUACUACUCAAGUCAUUGCAUGCCAUCAAGACACUUCAAAGAACUGACAAAAGAUUGAAGGAAUUAUUAAAAGAGGAAAAUUUUCCUGGAGCUAUCCAGCUAUCCCUGGAAUACCAAGAGGCAGCCAGUACAUAUGGGCAUUAUAAAUGUAUCAGUGAGUUAAACAGUAAACUACAAGACAAGUUAGAGAUGAUAGAUGAGGCACUAGACGUCGCCCUAUCUAAAACAUGCCAAAGAUUUGACAAUUCAUAUUAUUCAAGAAUACAACAGGCCUAUAGGCUUCUUGGAAAAACCCAGGUUGCGUCAGACCAGUUACACAUGCAUUACAUGAGUUGCAUACACAACAUAGCAUUCAAUAAGGUCCUUGGCUAUGUUGAGUUGUGCUCUGGCAAGGGAGAUGGAUCGUUCCAGAAGAAACAAUUCACUGACUUGUGUCAAUUUAUCAAAUCGGAGGUCUUCAUGCCCUGUUUGAUUGAUCUGUGCAAGGCUCUCUGGCAGGUUGCCCUCUGCUACAAGAAGACUCUCGACUGGCACAUCAAACAUGACAAUGAGGAGCCGACACCUGGAGCCAGCAACCACAACAAUGUGACGACGACAUCGGCCACAACAACCAUUCAGUACAUUAGAAACAAGCUGGAGGUCGGAAAGACGAGAUUAUGGGGAGAAAUACAGCAGAAGGUAAAGACCUACUUACUUGCCAUUGAUUUGAGCCACUUUAAGUAUGACGUCUUCAUCAGAGUUCUCGAUGUUACUAACAGGUUAAUGAAAGUGGGUGAUGAGUUUUGCUCCAGUCACUCAGAGGGUCUCAAUGAAUCAAUGCGCAAACAGAGUAUCAACUAUUUUAGAACCUACCAUCAAUCUCGUUUGGAAGAACUCCGCAUGUUCAUGCACAAUGAAGGCUGGGAGGUCUGCCCUGUUAAAUGUGGUUUCAACAUCUUCAUGUUACACGAGUUCAAGUUUUUCAAAAUUUCCAACACGUCAACCUCCAACAUUCCAACAAACGCCAGCUUUCAAAUCGUACCUAACCUCUCCUACUAUUGCGAAACCGGAAGUCCGUUUGAUAUUCAGCUCGAUGAGGAUAGUAACGAGGACAGCCAGCUUCUUCACAACAACCACCUGCAAAAAGAUGGAACCACAUCAGACAGUGAUGAUGAUGUGCCCGACGAGUUGAAGCAGCAGUUUGUUCAUGAAGGCACUGGAGACCUUCCAGUACCAAAGUCACCCGUUCUGCCGAAAAUCAAUCCUCUAUGUCCACUUAUUACAAACACGGCCCUCACUAUAUGCAGAUUGUUUGGUCGAUACAUGCAAAUGUUAUACGCCCUACAAUCCAUUUCCUAUGACGUCAUCGUCUGUAUGACGCAUCUCUUCAAUUAUUAUUUAAUAUCUGUUGAAUUCACGCCUAAGAACGUUAACGACGCCACUGCAGACAACAUCGGCAGUACAAGUAGCACACAUCAGGGUACGCCUGUUAGUACUGGCCAUGGUGCAAGUAGAUCAAGUACAAGCAGUGGCAGACGUGCCAGGAUAGAGUUGGUGCAUCUCUCUUCACUGAUAAGACUCGAUUCGGCUGAUGAUUUGUUUGGUCUUAGGUCGAGGAUUGUUGCUACAGAGUCCUUAAUAUUCAUGUCAGAACAGUUCAAAGCUUUAAAGCCCUACCUCUACGAAGCUCUCCCAAUAGAGAAGAAGGGAUUUCUUGAGCAGUAUUUUCUUCAUACGAUGAACAUAGUGAGUGACAUACGCCGGCCUAUCUACUAUCCAGUUGUGUUUGAUUCAUUGAAACUUGACGUCUGCUUGGACAUGAUGGUCACACAGGUCAGGUGGGAUAUCAAGGAGAUUAUGUCGCAGCAUUCAACAUACGUCGACGCUAUGCUCAACGAAAUAAAAAAAUUCCAAUUGAAGCUGUCCGAAUUUUCCAAGUCAUUCCCAAUUCCAACUCCAGUGAAUGACUGCUUGUGGGAGCAGGUGUCCAGGGUGUGCAAUCAAACUCUCGUGGAAGGGUUCUCAGCAGCGAAGAAAUGCACCAACGAAGGCAGAGCGCUGAUGAUGCUAGACUACCAACAGUUUCUCAUCAAAUUUGAAAAAUUCACCACACUCCGUCCAAUACCAGGCCGAGAUUACGUAGAGGGUUACAUAAAGGCCUUCUAUCUGCCUGAAAAUCAGCUGGAAACGUGGAUUGCCGAACGAAAAGAAUACACUCCGAAACAAUUACUAUCCCUCGUUACGUGCUUGGGACAUAUAAGCAAGAAAACGAAACAGAAGCUGCUGUCUAGCGUCGACGACACGACAAACGACAAAAUCAAAAGGUAG